GCAGACAUUUUCUUGCUACAAGGAUGUCAGCUUGGGCUUCCAGUCAGCAGUGGUGGGGGCCAGCGUGGGCACCAUCCGUGGAGCCCGCAGGUUCUCACACAGAAGAGCGGAUCAAGAUGGACGCAGUCCAAGAGGAGGUUGGCAGCAUAGAUGAAGAUCGGGAUGAUGCCCUCAGUGAGAGUGCCACUGACUCCUCAAAGGCCUCCGUCGAGGGAGAAGUUAACGGCGCCUGUGAGAAAAACAGACUUUCGAGGACCUCGCCAGAGGACGGCUCCAGGCCUGGCCCUCGGGACUCCAGCAGUAGGCCUGUUCACGUCGGGGAAAAUGGCCUGUCAGAGAAGGGUGAUGGGGAAUGUGGCUGGCUGAGCUUCCCGAAGGAUGCGGACCCCAUGCAGACCUCCAUCACCGGCAGCAAUGGCUAUCUCUUGAACAAACAGCCCUUGGCCUCCGAGGCCACGCUGUACAGGACUAGUAACUUGACGAUGAGCGCUCCUCUCCUUGGCCACGCUGCGAAAACGGUGGGCAGUGGGAAAUCUCGGGGUAUGAGUUCGGCAAGAAUGGAGAGCAGUAGCGGCGGCAGCAUUGGCAUGGCCCAGGAGUUGGAGGAAACGUCAGACACGGAGAGUCUGACCCUGGCCAGAGACCACGACUCUCCAAGCAAAAUUCACCGGGCGCGCAAGACCAUGUCCAGGCCUUAUGCCACGCUGAAGCUCCUUAAUAAGGAAUCAAAGGAGGCGACGGAGCAGAGAGAAGCCGCCGCGGCGGAGAGUCGGGCAGGGCCUGAGCUGGGGAAGCCGCUGUCUCGGAGCCAGAAUGACUCGGUCACCUGCAGGCCUUCUUCAGUGGUGUCUCGCAAAAAGAAGCGGAGAAUGGGAACGUACAGCCUCGUUCCCAAGAAGAAGAGCAAAGUGAUGAAGCAGCGCACUGUGCUGGAGAUGUUUCAGCACUUGACGCAGCCGGUUGCGGAGAGCCAGAAGGAAAGCCCUCAGGUAAAUGGAGAAGCGGCAGAAAAUGAAUCUGAGGACACGGACUCGGAUGAGGAAGAGGAUGAGGAAGAGCAGGAGGAGGGAGAGCAGAAGGAGGUUCCACAAGCAGACAGAAAAGAGGCUCUUGGGACCACCGAAGGACCAUUCAGGUCGGAUGAGGUUCAGGAAUCGGACGAGUCGGCUGAAGAGGAGGAGGAGGAGGAAGACGAGGAAGUGGAGGAAGAGGGCAAUGACUCUGACCUGAGCUCGGAGUCCAGCAUGAAGAGGAGGCUCAAGAAGAAGGGCAAGCAUGAGAACCCCUGGCUUAAGCCGACUCGCAAAAGGAAACGCAAGAAUAAAGCCAGGAGCAGCACUGCCUUGGAGGAGCACCCGUCUGGAGCAGGUGUUGUGGCCGAGGAGCAGCAUGAUGGCUUUAAGGAAUACACUGAGGUGCCACUUGACUCGCUGGACCUGGGGCUGUCGAACCCACCCAAAGAUCUUUCGGAUUUGGAGCCAAUGGAUUCCGAUGGUGCGCAGGAACUGCCCCUAUGCAGCUGUCGCAUGGAAACGCCCAGGAGUCGGGAGAUUCUCACCCUCGCCAACAAGAAGUGCAUGGCCACUGAGAGUUCAGAUGGAGAGCUGAGCUGCUGCUCCAACACCGUCAUUAAACAGGAGAUGAUGCGGCCAUCCAAUAACGUGCAGUUGCUGGUCUUGUGUGAGGACCACAGGGCUCGAAUGGUCAAGCACCAGUGCUGUCCAGGCUGUGGAUACUUCUGUACUGCUGGAACUUUCAUGGAGUGCCAGCCGGACAGUAACAUCUCCCACCGCUUCCACAAGGAGUGCACCUCCAUGAUCAACAGCCUUAGCUUCUGCCCGCACUGUGGAGAAGAAGCCACAAAGGCGAAGGAGGUCACCAUCGCCAAGGCAGACACUACCUCAACUGUACCAAAUAGUCCCAGACUGGCAGAAGUGUCCUUGGCUGAUGGGAUGGUCGACACAACUACAGAAAGCUCUCAGAUGAAACUGUCAUGUGAAGACAAAUCCGAUAGCGCCGCCUCCAGGAGCUCCGAGAGCUGCGACUUCUCCGCACCCUCCAUGUACUCCAAAGGGACCCCAUUUCUGUGUCCAUCAGGUCUGCCGCAGAGCCCAGCCAAAGAGACGUUGGAGAGCAUAAUCAUUGCGCUGGAUGCCGAAAAGCCGAAAAAGCUGCGUUUCCACCCAAAGCAGCUGUACAUCUCUGCCAAGCAGGGGGAGCUCCAGAAGGUCCUUCUGAUGCUCGUGGAAGGAAUUGACCCCAACUUCAAACUGGACAGCCAGAGCAAGCGUACGCCUCUGCACGUGGCAGCAGAGGCCGGCCAUAAGGAGGUCUGCCACAUGCUUAUUCAGGCUGGGGCCAACCUGGACAUGUGUGAUGAGGACCAGCGCACCCCCCUGAUGGACGCGGCUGAAAACAACCACUUGGACACUGUGAAGUAUCUCCUGAAGGCAGGAGCCAUCGCCAGCCAUAAGGAUGCUGAGGGAUCGACUUGCCUCCAUUUGGCAGCCAAGAAGGGCCACUAUGAUGUGGUGAAGUACUUGCUGUCCACGGAGUUGAUUGACAUCAACUGUCAGGAUGGCGGGUGGACGCCCAUGAUUUGGGCGACCGAAUACAAGCAUAUUGACCAAGUGCGGCUACUUCUGUCGAGUGGGGCUGACAUCAACAUUCGCGACAAGGAGGAGAAUAUUUGUCUGCAUUGGGCUGCCUUUUCGGGAUGUGUGGACAUUGCUGAGAUUUUACUGAACGCAAAGUGCGACCUCCAUGCCGUGAACAUACACGGAGACUCCCCACUGCACAUUGCUGCCCGGGAGAACAGACAUGACUGUGUGGUACUCUUCCUGUCUAAAGGAGCAGAAGUCGGCUUGAAGAAUAAGGAGGGCGAGUCCCCCGUCGAGUGCUCCAGCAUGAACUCGGACGUGUGGCACACGCUGCAGGCGAGCAAGAAGCUCAAAGAAGUGGACCCCGAUGUGAGCAGCACGAGUGACAAGGUCAUCAACCGGGACAUCGCCCGGGGCUACGAGCGAAUCCCAAUCCCUUGCGUUAAUGGAGUGGACAAUGAGCCGUGCCCUGACAACUACAAGUAUGUGCCAGAAAACUGUGUGACGUCGCCGAUGAACAUCGACAGGAACAUCACGCACUUGCAGUAUUGCGUCUGCAAGGACAACUGCUCUUCUACAAACUGCAUGUGUGGUCAGCUGAGCCUCCGUUGCUGGUACAGCCAGGAUGGACGGCUGCUUCCUGAAUUCAGCAAAAUGGAGCCUCCUCUGAUAUUUGAGUGCAACCACGCCUGCUCCUGCUGGAGGUCCUGCAAAAAUCGCGUCGUGCAGAAUGGACUCAGGGUUCGCCUGCAACUCUUCCGCUCAAAGAAGAUGGGCUGGGCAGUGCGGACACUUCAGGACAUCGCCCAGGGGACCUUCGUUUGCGAAUAUGUUGGCGAGAUCAUCUCCGACUCGGAGGCUGACGUGCGUGAGGAUGACUCCUAUCUCUUUGACUUGGACAAUAAGGUCGGGGACGUCUACUGCAUCGACGCUCGCUUCUACGGGAACAUAAGCCGCUUCAUCAACCACAUGUGUGACCCCAACCUGUUCCCGGUGAGGGUCUUCAUGUCGCACCAGGACUUGAGGUUCCCACGCAUCGCCUUCUUCAGCACCCGGCACAUCGCCGCCGGAGAGGAGAUCGGGUUCGACUACGGAGACCGCUUCUGGGAGGUGAAGAGCAGGUACUUCAGCUGUCAGUGCGGCUCCCCCAAAUGCCGCCACUCUGAGGUGGCCAUCGCCGCGCGCCACUCGGAAGCCGAGUCCCUGGACACCCUGGAGAACGGCGUGCCGGACACCAGCUCGAGCAGCGCGGCCCCCUCCAGUCCCUGCUGAGAACCCCCGAGUGCCACCUCCUACUGCCACACAGACUGCUGCAGCCGACGAACCCCGGAGGGGCACUCGGGUGGGCUACGGACCCUCCCUUGGAAGCUUUCUUUCUUUCCGUGCCUGUGUUUUGGUUUCUUUUUUUUUUUUUUUUCUUUCAUUUGUUCCUGGCGCCCUCUGCUGGUCCUGCAGGCAUUCUGGAACUGGUUGAGGGUCCCCCGGCCAGUUGUCUGCACUCUGCGCCCCCCAAUGGCUUUCCCUCAUCCCCCGAGGGCUCGUGUUUUUAGCUUUACGUAUUUCUGAUUAAACGGCGCCGACGCCUCUUUUCCGUUUCCACUCCGGUGACUUUUUUUUAAACGGUAGUUGACCCGGUGGCCGCCGUCCGGGCGCCCCAGACUGUCCCCGUAUUUAGGUGGCGCGUGCGGAGAGCGGCCACUAGUGGCGGGCGGGCGGAUAGGCAGGCAGGCUGGCAGGACGAGAGCCGAGUCCGCUGCUUGAAUCUUUUUCAAUAAAUUUCCUACUCCUGA